CACUCUCAUAGUUGUUCAGUCCUCGGGCCAAACAUGGGGACCACAGGACUUCACUCCACGUUAUGGCUCAUCUGCCUGAACCUGUUGGUUGGCUCAUUUGCUCAGACUGUAACCAUCAUUCCUUCUGCACAGACACUAAGUCUGAGUUCAGUUGAUGCAAAUCACAUCGGCCAAGUUUGCACGACUUGGGGACAAUAUCACUGGAAGACCUUUGAUGGAAAUUACUUCCAGCUGGCCUCCAGUUGUAACCAUGUCAUGGCCUACCAGUGUAAGAACCACGAAGAUUUCAACAUCCAGAUGAGGCGUAAAACAGUCAACAAUGUCUCCACCAUCAGCAACAUCACCAUGGUGCUUGAGGGAAUAGUGGUGAGGCUCUCCAAGAGCUCAGUGACUGUCAAUGACAAGGCGGUGUCUCUGCCAUACGUGUUAUUGGGGGUGGCUGUCAUGGGAACCUCAUCUGCUAUCACCGUGGAGGCUAAACUGGGAAUUAAACUUAUCUGGAACCUGGACGACUCCCUGGAUAUUGAAAUGGAUAAAAAAUACCAGAACCAGACCUGUGGACUUUGUGGAAACUUUGACGGCAUUCCUAAUGAUUUCAUGAAACAAGGAGCUGAGCUGUCAGUUACAGAUUAUGCUGAAAUCAACAAGGUGGAUAAUCCCACAGAGAGUUGUAAGGAACCUGCCCUCAACUCAGUCCUGAGCUGUGGCAAUAAGCAAUACUGUGACCAGAUCUUCUCCGGAGCUUCUUUCAGUAGUUGCCAGAACCUUCUGGAUGUGAAAUCCUUCAGCAAAGCCUGUAUGGCUGAUCUUUGCAACAACCACACGGACCUCUGUCAAACCAUCUCAGAGUACUCCAGACAGUGUGUCCACGCAGGCGGAAAGCCGGCUCAGUGGAGAAAUGCCACCUUUUGCUACAUGAAAUGUCCAUACAACAUGGAGUACGUGGAGCAUGGCAGCUCAUGUGCUGACAGCUGCUCCACCCCUCAUGCCAGCGAGACGUGUCACAGCCACGACAACGCAGGCUGCCACUGCCCUUCCGGAACCGUCUUGGAUGACAUCAGUAACACUGGCUGUGUUGCACUGGAUCAGUGUCCAUGUCUGCACAACGGCAAAGUCUACCAGUCAGGAAAGUCCUACUCUUACAGCUGUAGAUCCUGUGUGUGUGAGAGAGGACAGUGGAGGUGCACGGAGGAGAACUGUCCAGGCAUGUGCUCUGUGGAGGGGGGGGCUCACAUCAACACCUUCGAUGGAAAGGCCUACACCUUCCACGGGGACUGCUCCUACGUCCUGGCUAAGGAAAGUGAUGGCUUCUUAUACACUGUGCUGGGUGAACUGGUCAAGUGCAGUCUGGAUGACAGAAUGACCUGCCUGAGAGCUGUAACUCUGAGUCUAUACAGCAAUUCUUUGGUUAUUAACAUUCAGGGAACCGGGCAGGUCUACGUGAAUCACAUUCUCUCUCAGCUUCCACUGUUUACACCGGAGGUGAGUGCCUUCAAGCCAUCCUCCUUCUACAUCACCAUAACUCUCAAGCUGGGCAUUCACGUGAUGGUCCAGCUGUCGCCCGUGAUGCAAGUCUUCAUCUCAGCUGACACUUCGCUUAAAGGAAACAUCUCUGGUCUGUGUGGGAACUUCAACAACAUAAUGAGUGAUGACUUCAGAGUGAUUAGUGGGCUGGUGGAGGGUACCGCAGCAGCGUUUGCUAACUCGUGGAAAACUAAAGCCAGCUGCCCCGACAUCACAACGCGCUUUGGAAAUCCCUGUCAACAAAGCAUCACCAAGGAGAGUUAUGCUCAGUACUGGUGCUCCAAACUCACGGAUCCUAAAGGAGUGUUUGCUCCUUGCCACUCAGUCAUUAGCCCCAGCAUGUACAAUGAUAACUGCAUGUAUGACAGCUGUAGCUGUGAGAAAAUGGAGGACUGCAUGUGUGCCGCAGUCUCAUCAUAUGUCUAUGCCUGUUCAGCGGCAGGAAUCCACAUCAGUGGCUGGAGGAAGACCAUCUGUGGCACAUUCAGUGCAUCGUGUCCAGCGGGAGCAGUGUAUGAGUACAACAUGACCUGCUGUGGUCGUACCUGCCGUUCCCUCAGCCAGCACGACUAUUCCUGCCAGACCAGCUUCCCCUCAGUUGAUGGCUGUGGCUGUGCCGAGGGAACCUACAUGAACGAGGCGGGCAAUUGUGUGCCUGAAGGAAGCUGCCCCUGCUACGAUAAGGACACCAUUAUUCCUCCUGGACAGACCAUCAGCAAAGACGGCUCCACAUGUGUCUGCCGAGAAGGAGCUCUCAGCUGCUCAGGACGAACAAUGCUACUAGCGUCGCCAUCAUGCAGUGCCCCCUUGGUUUACUUUGACUGCUCCACUGGUCAACCUGGGACCACUGGGACAGAGUGUCAGAAGAGCUGCAGCACUCUGGACAUGGCUUGUGUCAGUAGAGGCUGUAUAUCUGGCUGCAUGUGCCCUGAUGGCCUGGUGUCAGAUGGAGCAGGACGCUGUAUCAACGAGACCAGCUGUCCAUGUCUGCACAAUGGAAACGCAUAUCAGCCUGGGGAGACACUGACUGUGGACUGCAACACCUGCUACUGCAGUGGAAGGAAGUUCACAUGUACCACUAAUAAGUGUAACGGAGUUUGUGGGAUCUAUGGCGAUGGACAUUACAUCACAUUUGAUGAUAAGAGGUUUGACUUCAGCGGAGACUGUGAAUACACACUCCUUCAGGACUAUUGUGGCACCAGUCAGAGCAAUGGAAGCUUCCGGAUUAUCACUGAGAAUGUUCCAUGUGGGACCACAGGAGCCACCUGCUCCAAGACCAUCCAGAUCUUCCUGAGGGAUAAUGAAUACCAACUUAAAGACGAGACCUUCCAAAUGGUAAAGGGCAGCGGCCAGGUGCUCCCUGGUCAGAUACAUAAGAUGGGUAUUUACCUUGUGGUGAUGAUCAAGCCGGGUCUUGUGAUCAUGUGGGACAAGAAGACCAGUCUUUUCAUUAAACUUGACCCACGGUUCCAGGGUCAAGUCUGUGGUCUGUGUGGAAACUACGACGGCAACAGUAAGAAUGAGUUCACCACACGCUCUGAGGAGACCGUGGCCGACGUUCUAGUAUUUGGUAACAGUUGGAAAGUUUCAUCCAGCUGCCCAAAUGCCAAAGUGCUCACUGAUGCCUGUGCCUCUAACCGCUACCGGGCAGCCUGGUCCCAGAGGCAGUGUAGCAUCAUCAUCAGGGACACCUUCAAGAGCUGUCAUUCACAGGUUGACCCUGGUCCAUAUUAUGACUCUUGUGUGAGAGACUCUUGUGCUUGUGACACCGGUGGGGACUGUGAAUGUCUCUGUACUGCUGUGGCUUCCUAUGCCAAAGCUUGUAAUGAAGCUGGGGCUUGUGUACACUGGAGAACUCCAAAGCUGUGCCCUAUCUUCUGUGACUAUUACAACGACCCUGGUGAAUGUGAAUGGCACUACAAACCUUGUGGAGUUGACUGCAUGAAGACGUGUAGAAAUCCAUCCGGAAACUGUUCCAGCCUCAUCACUGCCCUGGAAGGCUGCUAUCCACAGUGUCCCCCAACCGAGCCCUACUUUGACGAAGACAACAUGAAAUGCGUUGCCUGGAACCAAUGUGGCUGCUAUGAUGACAAAGGCAACCAUUACAGCAUCGGAAACAAGGUUCCAUCUGGCAACUGUUACACUUGUUCCUGUACCGUUUCUGGAAUAUCUUGCAACUACGAUGUGAACACUUGCAUGUGCUUUAUUAAUGGAAAAAACUACGAAUAUGGGGCAACCAUCUACAACACCACAGAUGGCUUGGGAAACUGCAUUAUAGCUAAGUGUGGGGCCAAUGAGACAAUAAGCAGAGACAUAUACCUGUGCAUUUCAACAACCACACCUGGCCCUACGACUACUGCGUUUGCAUUUACCACCAUUGAAAAGACAACUUCAGGUACUACAUCGCAAUCAAGAACAACAUUAGGAUCAACAUUCACUGUAUCCACUGUUACAACUAAACCUGAAGAAAAAACUACAUCAGAAAAAACAACACAAGUAGUUGAGACAACUGAGAUCAAACAAACAACAGUUUUUGCACUCACAGAAAGUACAGUAACAUCAACUGUUAUUACAAAACCUAAUAUAUUGACAACCACACCUAUUGGAGUGACAGCUUUAACUUCAGGAGUAACUGUUGAAGGUACAACUAUCAUUGGCCCAAUAACACAGACACUUCCAGGCACCAUCACUUUUUACACUACAAGACCAACCACAACCACUAUAAUUGAAACAACAAAACCACACAAAGGAGUAACUACUGGCCCAGUUACAGCCUCUACGACUGCUGUUGUUGAAACUACAACACCAUUGGCAAGUGCCUCAACAACAGGCCCUGAAAUAACAACUGUAACAUCCAUACCGUCUGUUGGUACCACAACCACUGAAGUACCUUCAGUUUCAACUCAGGGAACCACAGCCAUCAUUUCUGAAACAACUACACUGGAACAAACGACCGGAAGUGGCUCAUCAACAAAACCACCCAAAGGAGUCACUACUGGGCCAGUUACAACCUCUACGACUGCUGUUGUUGAAACUACAACAUCAUUGGCAAGUGCAUCAACGUCAGGCCCUGAAAUAACAACUGUAACAUCCAAACCAUCUGUUGGUACCACAACCACUGAAGUACCUUCCGUUACAACCCAGGGAACCACAGCCAUCAUUUCAGAAACAACUACAUUGGAACAAACGACAGGAAGUAGCUCAUCAACAAAACCACCCAAAGGAGUCACUACUGGCCCAGUUACAACCUCUACGACCGCCGUUGUUGAAACUACAACACCAUUGGCAAGUGUCUCAACACCAGUCCCUGAAACAACAACUGUAACAUCCAAACCGUCUGUUGGUACCACAACCACUGAAGUACCUUCAGUUACAACUCAGGGAACCACAGCCAUCAUUUCAGAAACAACUACAAUGGAACAAAAGACAGGAAGUGCCUCAUCAACAAAACCACCCAAAGGAGUAACUACUGGCCCAGUUACAACCUCUACGACUGCUGUUGUUGAAACUACAACAUCAUUGGCAAGUGCAUCAACAUCAGGCCCUGAAACAACAGCUGUAACAUCCAAACCGUCUGUUGGUACCACAACCACUGAAGUACCUUCAGUUACAACUCAGGGAACCACAGCCAUCAUUUCAGAAACAACUACAUUGGAACAAACGACAGGAAGUGCCUCAUCAACAAAACCACCCAAAGGAGUCACUACUGGCCCAGUUACAACCUCUACGACUGCUGUUGUUGAAAUUACAACAUCAUUGGCAAGUGCCUCAACAACAGGCCCCGAAAUAACAACUGUAACAUCCAAACCGUCUGUUGGUACCACAACCACUGAAGUACCUUCCGUUACAACUCAGGGAACCACAGCCAUCAUUUCAGAAACAACUACAUUGGAACAAACAACCGGAAGUGCCUCAUCAACAAAACCACCCAAAGGAGUCACUACUGGCCCAGUUACAACCUCUACGACUGCUGUUGUUGAAACUACAACAUCAUUGGCAAGUGUCUCAACACCAGUCCCUGAAACAACAACUGUAACAUCCAAACCAUCUGUUGGUACCACAACCACUGAAGUACAUUCAGUUACAACUCAGGGAACCACAGCCAUCAUUUCAGAAACAACUACAUUGGGAACAAACGACAGGAAGUGCCUCAUCAACAAAACCACCCAAAGGAGUCACUACUGGCCCAGUUACAACCUCUACGACUGCUGUUGUUGAAAUUACAACAUCAUUGGCAAGUACCUCAACAACAGGCCCCGAAAUAACAACUGUGACAUCCAAACCGUCUGUUGGUACCACAACCACUGAAGUACCUUCAGUUACAACUCAGGGAACCACAGCCAU